AUGAAAGGCAAAGUUGAAUGCAAUAAGAAUGGUGAUAGGCAUCAAGCCGAGGGCUCUGUGGUGAUUAUCGGUGCCGGGACUCAAGGAAGACGGCUAGCUUAUAUGUGGUCAAAGAAAGGAGGGCCUGUUUCUCUUAUUGAUACGCAAGAGCAGCAACUCAAAGAUGCGUUAAAAUGCGUACAGAUACUGCGAGAGGAAGCAAAUGACCCUGCAGAAUCUUGGGGGGAGAUUACGGUCUCUCAAACUCCCCUAUUGGAAUCCUCGCUGAAAAAUACGUGGCUAGUCAUUGAAUGCGUGCCCGAGAGACUGCCGCUUAAGCAAUAUAUCAUCACCCUGAUCGAUAAACUUGCUCCAGAGAGGGUGACAAUUGCUUCAAAUUCCAGCAGCUAUGGAAUUAGUGAGAUUCUCGUAGGACUCAACUUGAAGCACAAGAAUCGAGUUUUGAGUGCGCACUGCUACUGGCCCCCACAAAUAACAGCUAUCGAGGUUAUGGGUCAUGACGAGACCGAUGAGUUUCUCAUCUCGUUGGUUUUGGAUCGAUGCAAAGUCCAAGGAUUCUCUCCUUUCCAUGUGAAGCAAACCUCGAUUGGUUACAUCUACAACAGAAUCUGGGCUGCAAUCAAACGAGAAACUUUGUUAGCACUCUCUGAGGGUGUUUGUACGCCUCGUGAAGUGGAUGCCAUUUUCAAAAAUGUGUUAAAAUCACCCAAGGGGCCUUGUGAGAUGAUGGACCUUGUUGGUCUGGAUGUCGUACUUGAUAUCGAGAACCACUAUGCUAGCGCACGAAGCGGGGUCCCCAGUGAACCGCGAGACUAUCUCCGCAAGAUGAUUCAAGACGGAAAUCUAGGUAUAAAGAGCGGCCACGGAUUUUAUGAUUAUGAGGGUACAAACAGCGAAGACCACUCUUAA